GCCUGGCACUCGCCGGGGCCGCUGCUGCUGCUGCUGCUGCCGCCGCGGCGGGGGCCGCUCGCAAACCUGUGGCGGUGACGUGAGACCCGCCAACCCGGAAACGGCGGCGGCGGCGGCGGCACCCGAGGCUCCAAGGCUCCGAGGCUCCUGCGCUCCAGCGCCCGCGGCCACUCUGCCCUCGCCGCUCGCCCCUCGCCCCGGCCGCCAGGGGAAGAAACUGAGGCCUGGAGUUUGAGUCAUUCAUUCAAGGUUACCAAGUUGAUAGAGGGACAAGAACAGAAUCACCAGCACUGGCUGAAGCUUCCUUUCAAUAGGAGAGGUACCUUAACAUGGGGAAUCUUCUUAAAGUUUUGACAUGCACAGACCUUGAGCAGGGGCCAAAUUUUUUCCUUGAUUUUGAAAAUGCCCAGCCUACAGAAUCUGAGAAGGAAAUUUAUAAUCAGGUGAAUGUAGUGCUAAAAGAUGCAGAGGGCAUCUUGGAGGACUUGCAGUCGUAUAGAGGAGCUGGCCAUGAAAUACGAGAGGCAAUCCAGCAUCCAGCAGAUGAGAAGUUGCAAGAGAAGGCAUGGGGUGCAGUUGUUCCACUAGUAGGCAAAUUAAAGAAAUUUUACGAAUUUUCUCAGAGGUUAGAAGCAGCCUUAAGAGGUCUUCUGGGAGCCUUGACAAGUACCCCAUACUCUCCCACCCAGCAUCUAGAGCGAGAGCAGGCUCUCGCUAAACAGUUCGCAGAAAUUCUUCAUUUUACACUCCGGUUUGAUGAACUCAAGAUGACAAAUCCUGCCAUACAGAAUGAUUUCAGCUAUUAUAGAAGAACAUUGAGUCGUAUGAGGAUUAAUAAUGUUCCAGCAGAAGGAGAAAAUGAAGUAAAUAAUGAAUUGGCAAAUCGAAUGUCUUUGUUUUACGCUGAGGCAACCCCAAUGCUGAAAACCUUAAGUGAUGCCACAACAAAAUUUGUAUCAGAGAAUAAAAAUUUACCGAUAGAAAACACCACAGAUUGUCUAAGCACCAUGGCUAGUGUGUGCAGAGUCAUGCUUGAAACGCCGGAAUACAGAAGCAGGUUCACCAAUGAGGAGACAGUGUCAUUCUGCUUGAGGGUAAUGGUGGGCGUCAUAAUACUCUACGACCACGUACAUCCAGUGGGAGCAUUUGCCAAAACUUCCAAAAUUGAUAUGAAAGGUUGUAUCAAAGUUCUUAAGGACCAGCCACCUAAUAGCGUAGAAGGUCUUCUCAAUGCUCUCAGGUACACAACAAAACAUUUGAAUGAUGAGACUACCUCCAAGCAGAUUAAAUCCAUGCUGCAAUAACAGUUCUGGGCUAAGCACCUGCUGUAGACAGAAGACAGUAUUCUGCAGUGACUGAGAAUGCACAGUUUUUAGUGAUUGCAAUUACGAUCUCAUUUACUCUUGCUUUUUAUUUCUUUCCUCUGUUCCUCUUCCCUCUUUUUUAAUCAUGUUCUUGUUCUUAAGACUUCUUUUCUGUGCCAAAAUCAGUAAAGUUAUACUCUGAAGGGAUCUUCUCCUUUCAAACAGGCCAUCUAAGGCAGCUAAUUACGCAUUGCAUUGGGAUCUCUACUGAGAAAACUUCUGUGACUUGAACUAAAUAUUUUUAAAUGUGGAUUUUUUUUGAAAACUAAUAUUUAAUAUUGCUUCUCCUGCAUGGCAAAACUGCCUAUUCUGCUAUUUAAAAACCCUCAAUGGCUUUAUUUUCUACUGCCGCUUUUUUCAUGUGCAGCCAAAAUGAAAAAAGUUUAAAUUAACUGUGUUGUACAAAUGGUACCCAACACAAACUUUUUUUAAAAUUAGUAAGACUUUUGUUUAAAGUUUUAAGUUUGCAUUUUGACUUUUUUUGUAAGGAUGUAUGUUGUGUGUUGAACCUUUAUUAACUAGCGUUAAAAACUGUGAUGUGUGCGUAGAAGAUUACGUAUGCAUGUUCAUGUUUAAAGAACGGCUGUUGAUGAUAAAAUAAAAUCAGCUUUCAUUUUUCUAA